GGAGCAUUUUCCUUUCUAGCACUUAAACGAGGCAGUUUGUGUCUAAAGUUUGUGUCCUGUAUUUCAUGCGGUCGGUAUUGCUUUGUCAACUUCCCCUUGCAGGGUUCCUGUUCAAAAUUAGCCACUUGCAGCCUACAUGCACACAAGAUUAUAAUUCUUCUUUAUGAUACUGAAUGAAACAAAGAAAGGGCCUAACAUUCACAUAGGAAGAAAAUUUCAGUUUGUCUGCAUGUUUUCUCAAUCCAAACAAUUUGAUCUCCAACACCUGAAUAAAGCUUUCUGGAGACAUGAUACCUUAAUGGAAGUUCAAACCCACAGAACGUUGAUGGGCUGACUUCAUGGACAAUGAAUGGGACCCGGCUUCCUUCUGCUUUGGGGGUUUCUGAUCUGCAAAAUGUGCAUAUUUUUGGAGCAAUGUCAACCCAAGAAGCAAUCCAGUCAUCAUAUGUGAACAGAAGACUUUUAGAGCCAAAGGUUCCAUGUGAGCAAUAAAGGUAUACUGGACCACGAUUGCUUUGCCUCCUGGAAAAGUUCCUAAGUAUGAGAUCUAAACCAAACUGACGGUUUGGUGAAUGAUGCUUAGCAAGAAAAAGCUGUGUAGCAUUCUGGCCCUGUGCCUUCUCUUUUCCCUGUGGAAGAUGUACAAGUCUCGGUAUAUGGGCUCUGGACAAGAGUUACUGGCAGAUUCUGUCUUGGAGGGAAAAACUUGCAACUAUAGAAAAUGUGACCAUCUUUUGGAUGGGGACUGGUUUUGUGAUCGCUUUGAUCCCUCAAUAAACCACUUGCUGACCCUUGAAAACCCGGAGCUCCCCCCAGAGGUUCUGCAGUGGUGGCUGAGGUUGCAAAGAUCAGAGAGUGGAAAUCAAGUCCAGGAGAUAAUAGCACACCUGUUUGACAUCCUUCCAUCUGCUAGACUCCAGGAGAUGGCCCAGUGCGGAACAUGUGCUGUGGUGGGGAAUUCAGGGAGGCUGAAAGGCUCUAAAUAUGGGGAAAAGAUUGACUCUCAUCAUUUUGUGCUAAGGAUGAACACAGCACAGAUUGCAGGCUUUGAGGAAGAUGUCGGUAGAAGAACCACCCACCAUUUCAUGUACCCAGAGAGUGCUGUGAAUCUCCGUCCUGGCGUCCAUCUUGUGCUGGUUCCCUUCAAACCCAGAGAUCUCCAGUGGUUAGCCAGUGCCUUUUCCACAGGAAACAUCCAGCACACAUACAAAAGAGUCAAACAGUUCAUUGAAGCUGACAAAAGCAAGGUCCUAGUGCUAAGCCCUGCCUUCCUGAAAUAUAUCUGGGAUAAAUGGACCGAGCAUCAUGGAAGGUAUCCAUCCACUGGAUUCAUUGCACUGAUUUUUGCCAUCCAUAUGUGUUCACAGGUCUCUGCAUUUGGCUUUGGUGCGGACAGCAAUGGAAACUGGCACCACUACUGGGAAGAGAACCGUUUUGCUGGAGCAUUCCGCAAGACUGGGGUGCAUGAUGACAUUUUUGAACUAGGACUCAUUGAAAGACUUGCAAUGGAAGGCAAAGUGUCAUUUUACAAAUAGCUUGCCCCAGUGCCUCACAGACUUCAUACUAUCUGCCUGCACUUUAUUCUUUUAGUUGCAGGUAGCGGGGAUCACUUGUAUACAAAUCACGUUGGAUUAGAUUAGAUUACAACAGAGAGAGCACUCUGGAAACUAUAUUGCAAUCCAUACGAGGAUUCAAUUUUCAAGUUGUCAGCGGGUGAGAACUACAGCUCUAUUUUUUAAAAAGGAGUACAUGGUGUAUAUGGGCUCAUGAAGCAAGUUUCCUUAUAUGUCAGAAAUCCUGCCUGAUCUAUAGAAGAAAAUAUGUCCUUAAUAAAGUUGUUCAAUACAAA